GUUUUGAAUCUGGGAAAAAUUCCCUAUUGUCACUUUUUGGGGCCCCUCUAUUCUAUUUAUUACAUAAACUUUUAAUUAAUUGAAAACAGCAACAAAUUAAAGAUGUUACGUAGCGCCUUUUUGCCAGCCAAAGAAGCCCUAGCCAAUCAAAAUUUGCUCAGAUGUGUAGGUUUGGGCAAUUUUCAAGUACCAACGAGGGAACAGUCGACGCAACCUGCUGUAGCUGAAGAAAAAUACAAGCCCUACUCGCCCUUCCAAAAUACCAGUAGUAAAGCUGAAUACGCACUAGCAAGGCUGGAUGAUUUGUUGAAUUGGGGUAGAAAAGGCUCGCUGUGGCCCCUUACCUUUGGUUUGGCCUGUUGUGCUGUUGAAAUGAUGCAUAUUGCAGCUCCCAGAUAUGAUAUGGACAGAUUUGGUGUGGUGUUUCGUGCCUCUCCACGUCAAGCCGAUUGCAUUAUCGUAGCCGGUACCUUAACAAAUAAAAUGGCCCCCGCCCUAAGAAAAGUCUACGACCAAAUGCCUGAACCCAGAUGGGUAAUUUCAAUGGGUAGUUGUGCCAAUGGCGGCGGAUAUUACCAUUAUUCAUACUCUGUUGUAAGAGGAUGUGAUCGUAUUGUACCCGUGGACAUUUACGUACCAGGCUGUCCACCAACAGCUGAGGCUUUGCUUUACGGAGUGCUACAGUUGCAAAAGAAAAUCAAGAGGUACAACACUUUACAGAUGUGGUACCGGAAAUAAAAACCAUUCUUUUUGUUUACUAGACUAAUUGAUAGGGAUAUUUAUUUUGUGUAAAUAUUGAUGAAACUUUGAUGAUUACCUUUUAAGUUGAAAAUGGUUUUUAAUUAAAUAAAAUGUUAAUUAUUUGUGAAACAUUCCACUUUUGA